GCAGCAAGAGACCCCUCCACCACAGCCCAAGCCAACUGUGCCCCAGACCUCUGAUGCCCCUCUGGGAGGCAGCCGCUACUGGGCCAACAGCAAACAGUCUGGGCAGCUGGAUGGAGCUCCUCGGAUGAGCAGUCAGUUCCAUCAGGAGUUUCCGAGUCUGCAGGCGGCAGGUGAGGCAGAGAAAUCAGGCGAUCAGGAAGAUGAACCCUACGGGCCGGGCCCCAGCCUCAGGCCUCAGA